AUGUCUCUUGAUCACUUUAUCCGCUUGGCCGAUAGUAUAGUUGAAUUUGAGGCCGAUUAUAAUGAGAAUCGUUAUCCAAUCAAUUCUCUUCAUGCGUUAGAAAUCCACAGGCAGGAAAUAAAGUCCACAUGGGCUUAUGAAAAAUUUUUGUUCGAUAAGGACAACGAAGAUGAUACGGAUCCCGGGGAAUCGGAUGAUAUAGAAGCAUUUAAAGACAAAUACAAAAGUACUUAUGUUACUUAUUGUAAUAUAUUGAUAAAACUAUCCGAGCUGACCGAUGCCCUUCGGGAUCAGUCGCGUGAGAAAUCUGACACAAGUCCGAUCAAUUCCCAGUUUUUCCCAGUCCAGCCUGUAUCUUCCCAGCCUUCGCAUAGCUUUCACCUUCCUCCGUGUGAGAUAGAGACCUUCUAUGGUAAUUAUGAAUCAUGGCCGACUUUCCGUGAUCUAUUCACAGCCAUGUUCAUACAGAAUUCCACAUUAAGCCCUGUUGAGAAGCUUUUCCAUUUGACUCAGAAGACUAAAGGAGAAGCAAGGGAGAUUGUUAAGAAGAGUCCUUUAACAAAUCAGGGGUUUGAUUUAGCCUGGGCAAAUCUGACAGAACGAUUUGAGAAUCGUCGGGUCCAAGUUAACGGACAACUUCGAAUCCUAUUUAAUCUCCCUAGCAUAACUUCCGAAUCGGCAAAAGCUAUUCAGCAUUUGCAAAGGGACAUAAACUCUUGUAUUUCCAUAUUACGACUCCAUCGCAUAGACGUUGACAGCUGGGACCCUAUUUUUGUUUUCUUGUGUUCCAAUAAGCUUCCUGAUUCAAUUUUGACUCUAUGGGAACAAGGCUUAAAGGAUAAAACGUCGAUUCCAAAAUGGUCCGAUUUAGAUUUAUUCCUGACCAAUCGAUACAGGACUUUGGAAUCCGUUUCCGAAAUACGUUCCGCUACAUCCAAGCCUACCGAGUCCAAACCUAAAAAGGUGAAUCGUCCAUCCAAAGUUGUUAAUGCUUUUCAAAAUAACGUGUCCCAGCCUAAAUGUCAACUAUGUACCAAUGAGUUUCAUCCAAUACGAAAAUGUCCGAAGUUUUUGCAAAUGGGCCAUUCUCAGCGCCUCAGUGAGAUUAAAAAACUUAGCUUAUGUCUCAAUUGCUUUUCCAAAACGCAUUCCGUUAAAAACUGCAACAGCAAAAUCAAUUGCUUCCGUUGCCAUAAAAGGCACAAUACCUUACUCCACAAAGAAACCGAAGUUUCCACUUCAUUACCGGGCCCUAGUACAAGCGCCAAUUCCAACCUUAAUCCAAAUUCAGCACCAUUUGUAACUAGUUCGAAUUCAAUUACUAUACAGUCCGCUCCUACUUCGGAUGCUGAAGUUGUUACAUCUUGUUUUACAGUAAAUUCCACUGGCGUUUUACUAGGCACUGCAAUGAUUGAAAUUUGGUACUUGGAUAAUAGAUACCCUGCUCGAGCGUUAAUAGACUCAGGUUCCGAAGGUUCUUUUAUUUCGGAAAGGUUGUUUAAUCUACUGAAACUUCCUUCAACUCGCACUAAUGCUCAAGUUUCUGGACUAAAUAACACAAUAUCCGCUAGUGUUGAUAAACAAUGUUCAUUCGUGAUUAGUUCCAUUCUCAAUCCAGAUAUAAAGCUGCUCGUUACAGCUUUAGUAGUUCCACAACUUUCUGGUAGUCUUCCUUCCAAGACUUUUGAUCGCUCACUCUUUUCCAAACAUCCUCCAAUCCAGUUAGCUGAUCCACAUUUCCAUACAAGUUCGAAAGUGGAUAUUCUCAUUGGUGGUGAUGUAUUCCCUUCGAUUAUGCGAUCUGGUGUAAAGCAUAAUGUUUGCGGUUCACUAAUGGCGCAAGAAACUAUCUUUGGGUGGAUUCUAACUGGUCCUUUGUCCAAUAUCUCUUCUCCCAGUUGUUCCUUAGUUUCCUAUUUCUGUGAAAUCUCUUUAGACAAAGAGAUUUCACGUUUUUGGGAGGUGGAGAAUCUUCCAAGGAAGAACUUUACUUCAUCAUCUGAUAAAUUUUGUGACGAUCUUUUUACAAAAACUACCAGAAGAGCUAAAGAUGGUCGGUAUAUUGUUUCUCUUCCAUUUAAGGAUGGCUAUCCUGAGAAACUUAGUUUAGGCCAAUCUCGAAAUAGUGCUAUGGCACAAUUUCUACGAAAUGAGGUUCGGCUACUUCGUUCACCUGACUUGAAAUCCAUUUAUGACAACGUGGUUGAAGAAUAUAUUGAUUUGGAUCAUAUGUUCAAAGUUUCACCGCCACACAAUUCCAAAAUUUGUCCAUAUUACCUACCACAUCACGCUGUCAUAAAACCUGAAAGCACUACAACAAAGGUACGCGUUGUUUUUAAUGCGUCAUCUCCAUCUUCUAAUGAUAUCCUUCAUACUGGUCCAAUUUUACAAAAUGACUUGACCCUACUGAUCCUGAAAUGGAGAUUUUUCAAGUAUGUCUUCAAUGCUGAUAUCCAAAAGAUGUAUCGGCAAAUCCUAGUCGAUCCGAAGCAUACUGUAUUCCAAAGAAUCCUAUUCCGCAAUAAUCCAAACGUAAUUAUCCAAGAUUACGAAUUAAAAACAGUGACAUUCGGCGUAAAUUGCGCGCCUUACCUCGCUAUUCGGACUCUACUCCAAUUAGACGAUGACAUCGAGGCUUCUUAUCCAAAAGCUAGCCUUAUUCUGCGUAGUUCCAUGUACGUUGACGAUGAAUUGGCCGGUGCUCAUUCCAUUCAAGAAGCGAAAGAAUCUAAAAAGCAGUUAAUACUUGCACUUCAAUCGGCUGGAUUUUCCCUGAGGAAAUGGACGGCGAAUUCCAAAGAAAUCAUUGACGAUAUUCCCGUUAACCAUCUGCUCUGCGAAGAUUUCCUAACCUUUGACGACAGCAGCACAGCGAAGACGCUAGGAGUUCGAUGGAAUGCCCGUUCAGACUCGUUUUUCUUCGUAGCGAAACCAUUUCCCGAUCAACGUCAACUUACAAAGAGAGAAGUAUUAUCGCAGAUUGCAAGAUUAUUCGAUCCGGCCGGAAUAACGCAAAUUACUGAUCCAAAACUGUGGAAUCAUGUCAACUCAGAGUCCAAUCCUGCAGAUUUAGCUAGUCGUGGAGUUUAUCCAAAAGAGCUCGUCAACAACCAUCUUUGGUGGUUUGGUCCUGAUUGGUUAAGAGAAUCCAGAGCAAAUUGGCCAAUGUCUGAUAAGGCAAAUAUACCUGAUACAGAAAUUGAAAAGAAGAAUGUGAAAGUGCACUUUUCAUAUUUCCAACAUUAUGAGGAUAUUUUGGAAAGAUUUUCCUCGUUUCCUAGGGCACUUCGUGUUGUAUCUUACAUUUUCCGAUUUCUUUUCCGCACUCACCCAAGAUUGCGUUCUAAUUUUCAUAAAAGUUCACUUGCCUUAUCUAGUUCAGAGAUCAUUUUUGCUCGCGAUAGACUUAUAACCAAUUGCCAGAAAGUUGGCUAUCCUGCCGAAUAUCGAGCUUUAUCUUCCAGACAAGUUAUAUCCUCGUCCAGUUCCAUUUUGAAUCUUAAUCCAUUCCUAGAUUCCGAAGGACUUAUCCGAUCGUGCGGAAGACUCGAGAAUUCUCCGGGUCUUUCGUACAAUGAGAAACAUCCUGUCAUUAUUCCUUAUAAUUGCCAAUAUUCACGGCUUUUAGUCAAAUUUGUCCACGAUAUUAGUCUUCAUGGUGGUAAUCAGCUUGUCCUACGCUUGAUAAGAACUCAUUACUGGAUUCCAAAAGUAAAAAAUCUUAUCAAAACCACCAUUUGA